AUGUCAAUUCCGCCAAUACCACCCGUUCCUUUACUGAUACAAAUUGGUCCUGAUGACAGGUAUAAUUCUGAUUCUUUUGAUGACCUUAUUGAGCUUGACAAGAACAAAGCUGUGGAACAAGGUUUGAUACAAGAAUUACGAUGCUGUGGCAAUUCUAGAGUAUUUAAUGAUGGGAAGGAUAUCGGCACAAGCCGGUAUGACAGUGCCGAAAUUAACGAGUCUUGUGCUACCCAAAUUUCAAAGACCCUCAUUCCAGA